AUGAGCUGGUCCUACAUCCUGAAUCAUCUCUCUUGCAUUAAUACUUCACCUAUCAACACCUCGGUAAAGACAGCCCGCCGCUUGUUGACGCCUGCUGAUUAUUUACCAUACCUCGUCUUCCCCACCCAGGGGAGUGGCCCGCUCAUUGUGAUCGUUGUGAUAGCUGCUGAAUUCUCUCAUAGAUUUGAGCCUGAUGCUAUCAACACAGAGCUCACCGACAAGGGUCAAGCCCUCCCCAACCACUCUUCCGCUGUGACCUUUCCCGCCUCUGGGUCGGUGGCGACUUCUCACUCUACUUCUGCUGGCAAGUCCAUCUUCCUGAACACCAUCUCCACUGCUGCCUUCUCUGGUCUUCACCCAAGCUUGUUAGACCCUUCUAGUUCCACGCCACCCGCUGUCCCUGACACUCCCAGUAUUAAGAAGCGCAAGAGGGACCCCGACGAUGACGGCGAGCAGCUCCGAAGCCUUCUCGAGCGAUCUGCCGCUACUCCUGAGGCCCACUUCCUUCUCGGAACUCUCUUCUCCUUUGCUGGAUGGCACGACGACGUGCCAGGUGAAUGCGAGGAAUAUGAACUGCCCUUGAUUCCCCUCCGCGGCCCCUCAAAUAAGUGGCUUUAUCAGGAAUACUCCAUCUUUGAGCACCAGCCUGAAGGGAUCCCUGAAAAGGUUGACAGGAAGGGCAAGGGCAAGGCUAAAGAGGCUGGUCCUCCCUCUCCGGCUCUAGCAGCUUCUGCUUCACCUAUUCAGACCAUCAACAGCCUCGAAACGGAUGCCGACUAUCUUACUUCCAAUUCCAACAAGAUGGGUCUUGAGGGUCAAUGUUCUGAUGAAUUGGUCAGAUACGAGGGUGAGGGCGAGGCGAAUUCCAGCAAGGUCACGUUGGAAGUGUUGGACGAAAGGGACAGGCUGUCGAGUGAGGGGUAUGUCAAGGAAAGAGAAGACUGGAUAAAUGGUUUUAUCGGCAGGAGGUAUUUGUAG